AUGUCUGUACUAAAGCAUCAGCUGUUACUGCGAAAUAUUUAUACAAAUAGAGCUGUUUUAGAUUCAUUAAAAGAGCCAUUAAAAGUUGAAGGCAUAAGUAAAUAUGCAGAAACUGCAUCUUUAUGGAAAAAAACAUUUAUUUUUGCAUGUAUCCCCAUUCUGGCUUUGUGUACUUUCAGUGUAAUGAUUGAAGAACAUCCUGAACGCCCUGAAUUUGUUAAAUAUUCUUACCUAAGAAUUAGAAAGAAGAAGUACCCAUGGGGAGAUGGUAAUAAAACUUUGUUUCACCAUCCACAUUACAAUGCCCUUCCUGACGGUUAUGAAGAAUCAGAGGAAUCUGCAAAGCAUUGAAAAAUAUCGUUGUAAAAACAAGGGUAGAAAUUGUCUUAUUAAUAUAGGCAGAUGUAGAAAAUUAAUUUUUUCAUUACUUUAAUUUCUAAAUUAAUUUUUAUGGUUAAAUUUUAUAGAGAAACUUAUCUUCUUUUUUGCUGCCUGUAUAAUUUAUAUUUACAAAUACAUAGCUUAACUAAU